AUGGGGCAGGGUCCAGGGGAGACUAGGUGCGACAUUACAGUUGUCCUCACCCAGGGGAGUAUUGCCACUCAAGGAAGCUCCUCUAAGCUCAAGUUUCUGGACUUCUACGGGGACAUCUCGGUGAGCCUGCUGUCCGUCAUCGUGACCUUCUGUGGCAUCGUCCUCCUGGGAGUCUCCCUCUUCGUGUCGUGGAAGUUAUGCUGGGUGCCCUGGCGGGACAAGGGAGGCUCCGCUGUGGGCGGAGGCCCCCUGCGCAAAGACCUCGGGCUGGCAGGCUUGGUUGGCGGAGGCGGGCACCACCUGGGGGCUGCCCUCGGUGGCCAUCCUCUGCUGGGCGGCCCCCAUCACCACGCCCACACGGCCCACCACCCGCCCUUCGCCGAGCUGCUGGAGCCGGGCGGCCUGGGAGGCGCGGACCCCCCGGACCCCUCCUACCUGGACAUGGACUCCUAUCCGGAGGCGGCGGCCGCCGCGGUGGCCGCUGGAGUCAAACCCAGCCAGACGUCCCCGGAGCUGCCCUCGGAGGGCGGCGCCGGCUCCGGGCUGCUCCUGCUGCCCCCGAGCGGCGGGGGCUUGCCGAGCGGCGGGGGCUUGCCAAGCGCCCAGUCUCAUCAGCAGGUCACCAGCCUGGCACCCACCACCACCACCACCAGGUACCCGGCCCUGCCUAGGCCUCUCACCCAGCAGACGCUGACGCAGCCGGACCCGGGCAGCGAGGAGCGGCCGCCUGCCCUGCCUGUGCCCCUGCCGGGCGGCGAGGAGAAGGCCAAGCUGAUCGGGCAGAUCAAGCCCGAGCUGUACCAGGGCGCUGGGCCGGGCGGCCGCAGGGGCGCCUCCGGGGCGCCGGGCUCCGGCGAGGCGGGCGCGCCAUGUGGCCGCAUCAGCUUUGCGUUGCGCUACCUCUAUGGCUCGGACCAGCUGGUGGUGCGCAUCCUGCAGGCCCUUGACCUCCCCGCCAAAGACUCCAACGGCUUCUCCGACCCCUACGUCAAGAUCUACCUGCUGCCCGACCGCAAGAAGAAGUUUCAGACCAAGGUGCACAGGAAGACCCUGAACCCCGUGUUCAACGAGACCUUCCAGUUCUCGGUGCCCCUGGCCGAGCUGGCGCAGCGCAAGCUCCACUUCAGCGUCUAUGACUUUGACCGCUUCUCGCGGCACGACCUCAUCGGCCAGGUGGUGCUGGACAACCUCCUGGAGCUAGCCGAGCAGCCCCCGGACCGCCCGCUGUGGAGGGACAUCGUGGAGGGCGGCUCGGAAAAGGCGGACCUUGGAGAGCUCAACUUCUCCCUCUGCUACCUCCCCACGGCCGGGCGCCUCACGGUGACCAUCAUCAAAGCCUCUAACCUCAAAGCAAUGGACCUCACCGGCUUCUCAGACCCCUACGUGAAAGCCUCCCUGAUCAGCGAGGGGCGGCGCCUGAAGAAGCGGAAAACGUCCAUCAAGAAGAACACGCUGAACCCCACGUACAACGAGGCGCUGGUGUUCGACGUGGCCCCCGAGAGCGUGGAGAACGUGGGGCUCAGCAUCGCCUUGGUGGACUACGAUUGCAUUGGCCACAACGAAGUGAUCGGCGUGUGCCGCGUGGGGCCGGAGGCCGCGGACCCCCACGGGCGCGAGCACUGGGCAGAGAUGCUGGCCAACCCCCGCAAGCCGGUGGAACACUGGCACCAGCUGGUGGAGGUGAGUGACCCUCGCACCCCCAGGACCUCGUGCCCCUGCGUUCGCCUGCCCGCCUCUUCGUCCCCCACGCCCACCUGUCUCUAUGGGCCCCGGAGCUAA